AUGAAGUACUCGAUACUACUCGCCUCAAUGGCCACUACUUUGAUCGCUGCACCCGUGCAAUCCACGUGGACGCCCGCGUUAGCUGGCUAUUACGACGUCGUUUUCCAAUACAUCCAAAAAGCCAAGGCGGAGGGACGAGCAGCAUCGUCGACAUGCGAUCUCUCGAGAGCUGUCAUGCCAGUCGCACCGACACCACUCCCGUUCCCUCCAGGGAUGGUACUUGAACACGUCGCCCUUGGCAGGGGUGUCCAGAACUAUACAUGUCCCAAUGCCACAGCAACCCCCGCCGCCGCCGGUGCCGUUGCCAAAUUCUACAACGUCUCAUGCAUCGCCGCCGACUGGCCAGAUCUACUCGCGCCCAUCUCGAAUCUUGCGCUGGAAAACUCUCGUCCUGCCGAACCCGCGUUAGUCCUGGAGCCAUCAAAUCUCCAGCUGUCAGCACACCACUUCUUCUCCAAUACCACCACGCCAGUUUUCGCCUUCGACGCCACCACUUCACCCGACCUGGGUACGAUCUUCUCAGCAAAGGGCAACUCCUCCGACGCACCCGCAACAGCCCUCGCAGGUGUCGAUGGUUCUGGCAACGGCGCUGUGCCUUGGCUUUACCUUACUACUCGACCAACCACCACAGGUGCUACCAAGGCUGUCUACCGGUUAAACACGGCCGGCGGACAACCACCCGAGACCUGCGCAGACAUGCCUGCGACAUUCAGCGUGGAAUACUCUGCCGUCUACUGGUUCUGGAAGUGA